UUCCAGUAACUCGCCAAAAUGACGAACUCAAAGGGAAAGAGGAGAGGCACCCGCUACAUGUUCUUCAGGCCCUUUAGGAAACAUGGGGUUGUUCCUUUGGCUACCAAGAUUCUUGCCAAGAGAAUUAACGAGCAUAUUGAGCACAUCAAGCACUCUAAGAGCAGAGACAGCCUCCUGAAGCGCAUGAAGGAGAACAACCAGAAGAAAAAGGAAGCCAAGGAGAAGGGCACCUGGGUUCAGCUGAAGCACCAGCCCGCCCCACCCAGAGAAGCACACUUUGUGAGGACUAACCGGAAGGAGCUUGAGCUGCUGUAG